AUGCCGGGCCUCAAACGCAAAUUGGCAGCAACGCGAGCGGGAUCGCCCAUCAAACGGAUUGCACCCAGCGCGCCCAGCACGCACGCACCCAGCGCGCCCAGCGCACCCACCACACCAAGCGACGACGACGACGACGACGACGACGACGACGACGACUCCAAGUACGAGUCGGAAGAUGGCGGGUUUGAAGAUCUGGAGGGAGAGCCAGCGCCAGCGCCAGCGCGAGAGCACACUGCCACGCACACGCACGCACACACGUCACGCAAGAGCACGGGAUUGUACGCCAUGCCAUCCGCAGACGAGGUGAACCAGUUGCGCGCCACGGGAGAGCUGUAUCGGGAUGGCGUGUUGAAGCUUCAGAUCGAAGCGAUGCUGCCUGCUCUACGUCCACGCUACGAGUCGACUAGCACGCUCGAUGGGGCCCUGCAUCGCCUCAAGGCGCACCUCGAUCAGCUGCCCACGCUCCCAGGCGUCCCCUUCGACUCGGCUCAAGCAUCGCUCGAAAAGGCCUUUCCUGGCGUCCACGUCCGCAUCCCUUGGCCGCCAGCACCACCACCAAAGGGCAAGCUCGCCUACGCCUUUGCUCCUCCCACAGCCGUCCAUCUCGUCGGUUCUUGGCCUCUUUGCACAGCAGCCAUACGAUCUGCGCCGAUGAAUGUAGACAUGGACGUGCAGAUGCCCAGCUCCCUCUUUUCCGUCAAGGAUGUGCGCGCAGGCAGGUACGCGGCCAAGCGCGCCUUUUACUGCGCCGCACUAGCAGCUUCCAUUGCCAAUGCUCCUGAUCUCGGUCUUCGUGUGCGCUUCGAGGAGGAGGCGUCGGCGGAUGCCCACUCGCACGCCACGCUCGUCUUGCUGCCCAGCAAAGACCAAAAGGAGACCGACUUUUCCAAACAAAAAGUCGUCGUGCGCGUUCACUUGUCCCACGAGCUGGGUCUCUUUCCUGUUCGCAGGUUGGGUCCCGCAAAGGUCAACGUUGAAGCGAGCGAGGGCGAGCGCGGGGGCGAGCGCGGGGGCGAGCGCGGGGGCGAGGGCAUCGCUCGCGAGGGUGAAUCGCGCUCGCACGGCUCGCUCGCUUCACCCUCGCACUCGCACGCCGCCUACAACAGCAGCAUCGCCCGCGACAGUCUGCGCGUGGCGCACCUCUUCUAUUUGCACGCCACCGCAUCCACCUGUCCAGCAUUCGCCGACGCCAGUCUCCUGCUCAAGACGUGGGCCUUCAAGAGGGGUUUGGGGGGCGGAGAUAGAGCCAGCGCGGUGGGGUCCGCAUCCGUGCGAUUCCUCUUGACCAUGAUCCUCGCCCAUCUCCUUCACGAAGGGGCGGUGCGCGCGGGGUUCAGCAGCUACCAACUCUUUCGAGGCGUGCUGGAUUUCUUGGCGCGACGCUUGAGCAGCGAGGUCACCGCCUUUAUGAAGCACAUUGCCGGCAUUCCCAGUCACCACGCGGACAUUCCGCGCGAGGAGUGGGGAGCGUUCGCGCCCUGCCUCGUGGACCCGACGGGCGCUUUGAAUUUAUUGGCAGGCAUACCACAAGGUACGCUCUCGCACAUGGCAGCAUGCGCCAGCGCCUCGAUCGCGCUAUUGGACGCCGUCGGCGGGGAUGCAUUCUCGGAGCUAUUCAUCGACGACCGCAGCUCUCCUCUGCUGACGUUUGACGAGGUGGCCAGCGUGCGCGGCGGCGGGGGUGCGUGUCGAGAGGGCGCGGGCGCGAGCGCAAGCACCCUAGCGAGCCUGGCACUCCGCGCACUCGGAUCGCGCGCCAAGUACGUCGCUUGCUUUGAUGGCGGCGCAUCUACGUGGUCCAUCGACUCGCCUCGCCCUUCCAACAACACCGUCGAACUCGCGCUCGUGCUAGACGCCGAACAUGCCCUACGUCUGGUGGAGCAUGGACCACCGCCAGAAGACGCUGCAGCCGCACAAUCCUUCAAGCAAUUCUGGGGAGACUUGUCAGAGCUGCGACGAUUUCGCGACGGUCGCAUCCUCGAAUCCGUCGUCUGGCCGGCGGCCGAGGGACGCGCGCGAAUCCCUCGAAAGAUUGUCGAGCACAUUCUUGCUCGUCACGCGCGCCCGCAGGCGGCGGUACAGUGGCAUGCCGACGCUUACGAGGGCUUGUUGAAGCUCCCCGCAAUCAUCGAAUCGUGCGCAUCGCUGCAAGACACUAGCAAGUCGGGCUUUCAAGCCGUGCAAUCCGCCUUUGAACAGCUUUCCCGCGCAUUGCGCGCAUUGCAAGGCUUGCCGCUCGCACUGAUCGCCAUCGCUCCAGCAGCGGAAGCUCUUCGAUGCACCAGCGUCUUCAUCCCCACGCCCCUCGUAUUGGACUCGCUCGGCACUCGAAUACCCGACGCGGCAUCCCAUCUGCCCGCACACGACCUCAUCCUCACCCUAGAGAGUUCGGGAAAAUGGCCAGACGACUUGUCAGCCAUUCGAGCGAUGAAGCUGGCCUUUUACCAAAAGAUGGCCGAAAUGUUGCCGCUCGCGCUCGAGGGAUCGCGCGCGGUGGUGGUGCGCGGCGGCGGCGACGCGGGUGGCGUGGACGACGACGACGACGAUCACCUCGAAGCGAUCCUAAGCCAAGGAUUCGCAUUUCGCGCUCGCAUCCACCACGAGCGGGAGCGCACCUUGUUGGCGCGCGCGCACGCGCUCGCGCCCGCCCUCGCACGCCAUUCUCGCCGUUUCGACGUCUCUCCCCGUCAUCACGCGCUCGUCUCUACGCUUCAAAAUCGCUUCAUUGCAUUUUCAGAGACUUGUCGAUUGCUAAAGAGGUGGACAUCGUGUCAGAUGCUCUCUCACAUUGCCCCCGAACUGCUCGAACUCGUCGUCUUGAGCGUAUUCUUGGCCGCGUCGCGCGCGCCAUGCAGCGCCUCCACCGGCUUCCUGCGCUCCUUGCAGAUGCUCGCGCUUUGGAAUUGGAAAGAGGAAGCGCUGCUGGUAGCAGGACACGCAGCCGUCGAGCAAUCGGAGGAAGAUGUGCGCGCGGGAAAGCUUGCAAAGUUCGACGUCGAUGCGUCGUUGCGAGCGCAAGACGAUUUCAAGACGCUUCGAGCGCAAGAUCCUUCUUGCGAGACGCGAGCUUGGAUCAUCGUCACGGAGAUGGAUUUGAAGGGUGCGGAUUUUGCCAGCAGAGGACCUACAGCUGCAGAGGCGCACGCGAUGCAAAGAUUGGCCGGUGCGGCGUGUGCCAUCAUUCUAGAAAGGGGGGCGGGCAUGAGCGCCAUGGAAGUUCGAUCCAUCUUUACGCCCUCUCUCUCGCACUACGAUUUCUUGAUCCACCUCGAUCCCACCGUGCUACCGCGCUACGCUCAAUCGCUCGCAUUCGACCCCUCCCUCAUCGCGAGCGCGAGCGCGAGCGCGAGCGCGAGCGCGCACGCACGCACAAAGUUCGCAAACUUGGCGUCGCCAUUCGCUGCAUCCCGCUUCGGCAUCUCGCCUCGACCAGCAUUCGAUGUCGGAUCGGAUUUCGUCAAUCUGUUGAUGUCCCUCUUUUCGGAUACGCUGCGAUUGUUCUACGAUGCGCACGGAGGAAGCGUCAUUGGCGGAUUGUGGAACCCGUCUUUGCUGGCUAAAAGACCCUUCAAGCCGUUGCUGGGUUAUUCUAGCGUGCCGUGCGGCGAUGGCAAGGACAAGAUGGUCAGGUUGAAUUGCGAGGCGAUCUGCGAGGAGAUUGAGAGGUUGGGAAAGGGCAUCGUGGUUGGUGUGCAGCGCGUGAACCGGCGCGCGAGUGCGGGUGCGUGA